AUGGACCGUCGCGCGUCAAUCUCUCCCUCAACGCCUAGUAGCCGCAGUAUGGACAAGUACGAGCAGCUGGCUGUCGUAGGUGAAGGCUCGUAUGGCGUGGUGCUGAAGUGCCGGCGCCGCGACACUGGACAGCUCGUUGCCAUCAAGAAGUUUCUCGAAACGGAAGAUGACGCAGCUGUCCGCAAGAUGGCGCUGCGUGAAAUACGCAUGCUUAAAAAGCUUCGCCACGAUCAUCUGGUGAAUAUGAUAGAGGUUUUCCGUCGUAAGCGGCGGUUUUACCUCGUCUUCGAGUAUUUGGACCACACCCUGCUGGAUGAAUUGGAAGCCUCGCCUGGAGGACUGGGCGAGGAUACAGCCAAGAAGCACCUGUACCAGCUAUUGAAGGGAAUUGACUACUGCCACCAGAACUCUAUAAUACACCGCGAUGUCAAACCGGAGAACGUGCUGGUAUCAAACACUGGCAUCGUCAAACUUUGUGAUCUGGGCUUCGCGAGAGCCCUGGCGGCUCCCGGGGAACCCUACACCGAGUACGUCGCAACGCGCUGGUACCGAGCACCCGAGUUACUGGUCGCGGAACACAGGUACGGUCCAGAGGUAGACAUCUGGGCGAUGGGCUGCCUGUUCGCUGAGAUGCUAACUGGGGACCCGCUGUUUCCCGGUGACUCCGACAUCGAUCAACUGGCACUUAUCAUUAAAAUUGUUGGCAAGCUGGCACCCCGGCACCAGCAAGUGGUGUCGCGGCUGGCGGGGAGUGCGGUGGGGAGCGGGGUGCGGGGCCGCGCUCUGCCGGGCAACGGGCUGGCGCGAGACCUUCUCGCCGCCUGCCUGCGUACAGAACCGCGCGCUCGGCCGUCCGCCGCCUCACUGUUGAGACACAAAUAUUUUGUAACGGACGGCUUUGCAGAGAGUUUUAACGCUGAACUCCGAAUGAAGUUAGGAAAAGAGAUUCAGUCCCCGCCGCCGCAGCAGAACACCGCUCGUGCGGGCAGCAAGUCCCGGCACCAAUGGACGUUGAGUAUUGUGCAAGAUUCAAAUAGAUCUCGAACCAACAGCAUAGCCGGAGAAUCUCUGAUAGAUUACAACUACACACCCAGCACAGAAGCCCACGGCGAGGUCACACCGACUGCGAAGAAAUCGUCAACUAUGACUGUAACGCCAGUACCAGAUUCAGAAGAGGCGAGCGCUUCUCUGCCAGCGCCGCGGCCCUCCGUACCACGUUCUUUGGCGCGCGCCAUUAACGACACGUUCCAAACUUUCCCCGUUCCCGUAAAUGCAUUUCCUCGGACACCGUACAUCAAAAAAGUUAACAAUAAGUUGGUGAUGGAUGAAAAUCUACUUGGAGGGCGUGUCGUCACAAAGAAAUCGAACAAAGUCCCGCCUGCCAAUUUUUCCCUACCUUAUGUUCCAGGAGCGAGCAACAGUCCCAUGAAGAAAGCAAAGAAGCCGCUUUUGCAUAACUCUGUUAAGUCCUACGAUACUUGGGACACGAUGCGCAGCGGAGCGGACCUUAGUAUUGAUGCACGGACCCCAACCAACCUUCCAUACAUGUGA